AGGGGCUCCUCCUGCACCUCUGACGUCACUAGUACAGCUCGUAAUAUGGAGGUUGUUUUGAACCUCCUGUCGAACAGUGUCGGUUGGGAAAGUUAAAUGUUGAGCUGUCUACUUCUGAACAUUACUGAAUUACAGAAGAAAAUAAAAAGAUGAGAGGUUUUACGUUGUUCUUCCGCCGGGCUGUUGGUGUAUUAGGUAUUGGCAAAACAGUAAAGAAAAGCCGGCUUUGGCAGUGCGGCUGCUUUGGAACAGCUGUUGACAAUAAGUCUAGCCUUCAGCCAGGGUUUGGCAUCCUCCUUGAUGUUGAUGGUGUACUGGUUCGAGGAAAGACUCCUAUUCCUGCAGCAAAAAAAGCUUUCCAGAAACUUGUCGAUCCUGAAGGUCAUUUCCGGGUUCCAGUUAUUUUUGUUACAAAUGCAGGAAACUGCCUUCGAUCUUCUAAAGCAGAUCAGCUUUCAAGCAUUCUGGGAGUUCCUAUAUCCCAGGAGCAGGUGAUGAUGUCACAUAGCCCUUUGAGGAUGUUUCGAGAAUACCAUGACAAAUGUGUACUGGUAUCUGGGCAGGGACCAGUUCUUGAUAUUGCCAGAAACCUAGGAUUUACCAAUGUUAUCACCAUUGAUAUGCUGCGUGAGGCUUUCCCUUUGCUGGACAUGGUUGAUCACAGCAGGAGACCUAAAGUACUGCCUACUGCUACUCUGAGUUUUCCCAAGAUAGAAGCGAUCAUCCUCUUUGGAGAACCAGUAAGGUGGGAAACCAAUCUCCAGCUCGUUAUUGAUGUUAUUCUGACCAGUGGUAAUCCUGGAAAUGCGCAUCAACGUCAAAGCAGAGUGCCUUUGUUUGCUUGUAAUAUUGACCUAAUGUGGAUGGCAGAAGCACAGUCACCAAGGUUUGGCCAUGGGACAUUUUUGGUGUGCCUUGAAAACAUCUACAAGAAGAUCACAGGCGAAGAACUCAAAUAUGAAGGUCUGAUGGGCAAACCUAGUGAGCUGACAUAUCAAUAUGCAGAAUAUUUAAUCCGGACCCAGACUGCCAAGAAACAGAGUAAACCUAUAAAAACCCUCUAUGCUGUUGGGGAUAACCUAAUGACAGAUAUCUAUGGCGCCAAUUUGUACAGCCAAUACCUUGAGAAAAAAUCUGUGUUGGGUUCCAAGACGUUGGUUCAAGCCAAGGUUGCUGCUGGAAAGGGAGCCACAACAGCUGCUGUCUCUCAGGAAGAAGACCCAGAAACUCCUUGGGAAAAUGAAUUAGCCUCACCAUCUGCUACUAGCUGUAGGUCUGUCCUUGUCUGCACUGGUAUCUAUAACCCACAUGCACAGGUGCCAGCUAACUGUGGUGAAUACAUUACUGAGACUGUAUUUCAUGGGCAUAGAGACUUUAAGUUUGAUCCUGCCUUGGUGGAACCCAGUCAUAUAGUAGAAGAUGUAAAUGCUGCUAUAGAACUCAUCUUCCAAUUAGAAAACUUUAUAGUUGAAUGAGACUAGAAUUUUAAAAUAUUUAUCCAGCUCUUUUUAUAAUGCCAUCAGGUGUGGGUUUUGGGGAAUACAGUAAAUACUUUUUAACUUUUAACGUAUUUAUUAUUUGUUUUGCUCCAGUGUAGUGAACACCCCAGUUUUUAUAAUUGUCUUCUGAACAAAAUGGGACUCCAUGUGCAGAGAACAGAGCUCCGUUUGAAGUUCAUAACAAA